AUUACGUUCUUUAUAGAAUUUCCAAUCGACGCUGAUAAUGUUUUCGUUAAUUUUGUUGGCCUUGUCUCUCUUGACUUUGGCUUGGUUCUAUUUGAAGAACCAUUACGAGUUCUGGGAGCGCCGUGGCUUUCCAGUAGAGAAGGGUUCGGGGAUUCCGUUCGGUUGUUUGGACAGCGUCUGGAGGCGUGAGAAGAACAUGGGCCUGGCCAUCCACGAUAUCUACCUAAAGAGCAAGGAGCGUUUUGUGGGCAUCUAUCUGCUCUUCCGUCCGGGUGUCUUGGUACGCGACGCCGCCCUGGCCCGUCGUGUGCUUGCCCAGGAUUUUGCCAGCUUCCACGAUCGCGGGGUGUAUGUGGAUGAGGAUAAAGAUCCGCUGUCGGCCAGCAUUUUCGCACUGCGAGGUCAGAGCUGGCGUUCCAUGCGCCACAUGCUGUCGCCUUGCUUCACCUCCGGCAAGUUGAAGGCCAUGUUUCCCACCUCCGAAGAUAUUGGUGACAAAAUGGUAGCCCAUCUGCAAAAGAAGCUGCCCGAGCAGGGCUACUCGGAGGUGGACCUAAAGGCCGUGAUGCAGAACUAUGCCAUCGAUAUCAUUGCGUCUACCAUCUUCGGCUUGGACGUGAACAGCUUCGAAAAUCCGGACAACAAGUUCCGCAAUCUGGUGACGAUUACACGACGCAAUACCAGAUUUAAUGCCCUGUUCGGCAUGAUGAUCUUCCUGGUGCCAUCUAUUGCCAAGACUAUGUUCCGGAUGGGUCUCAAAAACCCGGUGGGCUUGGCCAUGUUGGAGAUAGUCAAGGAAACCGUUGAGUAUCGUGAGAAGCAUGGCAUCGUACGCAAGGAUUUGCUGCAGCUCCUCAUUCAACUCAGGAAUACCGGCAAGGUAGAAGAGAAUGACGAGAAAUGCUUCAGUCUUCAAAAGACCCCCGAUGGCCACAUCAAGUCCAUUUCUCUGGAGACCAUAACCGCCCAGGCUUUCAUAUUCUAUAUCGCUGGUCAGGAGACCACCGGCUCGACGGCGGCCAUCACCAUUUUUGAGCUCGCUCAGUACCCCGAGCUCCUCCAGCGUCUGCAAACUGAGGUCGAUGAAACGCUGGCCAAGAACGGUGGACAGAUCACCUACGAUGCUCUGCAGAAGAUGGAGUUCCUAGAGUUGUGCGUGCAGGAAACAAUGCGCAAGUAUCCUGGACUUCCCAUCCUGAAUCGCGAAUGCACCCAGGACUACACGGUGCCCGACACCAAUCAUGUCAUCCCGAAGGGCACUCCGGUGGUAAUCUCCCUGUACGGCAUUCACAGAGACGCCGAGUACUUCCCCGAUCCGGAGAAGUAUGACCCAGAUCGCUUUAGCGAGGAAAGUCGCAACUACGAUUCUACGGGAUUUAUGCCUUUCGGUGAAGGUCCAAGGAUCUGCAUUGCCCAGAGGAUGGGUCGCGUGAAUUCCAAGCUGGCAAUUGUUAAGAUUCUCCAGAACUUCAAUGUGGAAGUGAUGAGCAAGCGGGACUUGGAGUAUGAAAACAGUGGCAUCGCCCUCAUCCCCAAGCAUGGAGUGCGUGUCCGUUUGUCCAAGAGAGUGCCCAAAUCAGCCUGAAACUGGCGAAAUACAAUGCCGCCCAAUUAGUGAUUAAGCUCACUCUGAUUAUAUGGAUUAUAAUCCAGCUGUUGAGUGCUAUUAUCUAUCUUUCAAUGAUGAAAACCGAAGUGUUGUUCCCCUUCACAAUUGUUGCAAUAUGUUUGCUUAUAAAUUAAACGCAGAAAGAGCUUAA